CAAGACGAAGAUUACGUGAUUGAGGCUCUGAAGGUGACAUCGAUCUUCAAAAUCACGAGGAAACUGUCAGGUGCAAGCCGUCAUUAGACUAAUAUUUCAGUGAAACUUCAUGUACAAGAAAAGGACUGCAUCUACAAGAUCCCUUCUUUGAAGUUUAAAUGAGCUUUGAAAAUCAUGACCUUUCUGUCAUUAGGCUUCGUAGUUUUGAUUUGCGCUCCAUCUCUUGUGACAGGAGCUACUAAACCUUUGCCGUCAGUGUACCUCCAAAUGGACUUUAAAUUCACCUGGUCAGAAUUCUGUCUUAUGGAAACAUAUUUCAAGACAAAACUUGCCGAAUUACUCCUUCAGGACAACGGCGAACCUAUUAACGCAACACAGAUAUACCUCAUUAAUUUUGACGAUAACUGCCCUGCGAAGAACAACGUGGACAAGGCAUCACUGUUGUUUUACGUGAUUAAAGCUGACGGCACUGUUGAUAAAGACAUGACUAAACAAGCGUUCAAUGUCCUUUAUUACUUGGUUGAAAAUAAUCUCGGGCGACUUUUUGGACCAGUAUUUGAAUUAAAGAUCGAAAAAGUUUCGGCAAAAGGCGAGGAAGCUCCAGCUAAGCCUACCGGCUUCACAGAGAUGGAAAGAACCUACAUCGCCAUCGGAAUAGCAGUCGGUAUCUUGAUCGUCAUCAUCACCAUUUUGGUUGUAGUGUACUUGAUCAAGGAUCGAAAAAGACGAAAGCGUAACGGCGAAGCUAACCAAACACAGGAGUUCAUUGGAGAAGAGAAAAAACUACAAACCACUGAACAAGAGCCUUCAAAUGUCAACGUAUCUCCUUAUGUUCACGUCGAGGAGCCCAGCCACGCCGAGACGAAGUUCUAGAGUUCCAGGUUAUACACCAGCAGCUUCUAACCCGACAGAGGACUUCAACGUAUAGACCAACUGAAAAAACGACGUUGUAAUUGUCUAUAUAUUUCUUGUAUUAUAUCGUGUCUUUGUUAGGUCUCAUUUACGCUCUUUUCAAAUACUGUUUAACGCUAAUUGCACGUAAGAUUAAACAGUGCGUCAUUUUCAGAUUGAACACAUCCAUGUACAAGUACGGUUCAUCAACGUAUAAUUCCCUUAUGGUUUAGUGUCAUCUCCUUCAUAUCCUUUUACCUUAGGAAAACAAUGCAAAUUAUAUAUUUCAAGGUUUCCUUGGGAAUAGCGCCAUCAAUGUGCGGAUAAAUCGUAACAAAGCUUCUCCAGUUGUCCUUUUAAGCUUUAACAGGUCAUUGCUUCUUAUUACGAUAUCAAUAAAAAUAAGCGUAAGACAUGCAGAUGACGAGGAAACUUCAAAUCACUGACUGAGAAUAUUUCCUUAAUCGAUAAUCGAUUUCUUCCAGCUAUACUGUUAUACGAAAUAUAGCACUUAUACCAGGGUAUUCUCUUAAAUUUAGACAAGAAGAAUGUACCCUUUUGUUUCAACGCUUCAAGGUUAUUGACUGUUAUAGAGAAUAUGCCCUCUGAGGUUAAGUUGCAUGCGGUUUUGAUUGGCGUGCACAUGUAUUUUCAAAUACUAAUGCCAGUUUAAAUUUGUACUGAUUGUAUUGUUUUAUAGUUAUAUAGCCACAUAAGCACAAGGGAGAGGUGUAAAGACACGUGUUCUCUUGCAUAAUUUAUUUGUUUUUCUAUUCAUUCAUUUGUUCAUUGUUCUCGCUUUAAUUGCUUCCAAUUUAAAAGAGAAUGGCUGUAAUUAGUAAUAAAAGACAGAAUUAACACCGAAGCAAAUAAGAGUUUAUAGCUACUAUACAUAUGCACAGUUUCACUGAGGUCGUCAAUAUAUGAAAGUGCAUGAGAAAUAAACAGUCAAAUUAGCACAA